AUGGCUGAAAACGUGGCAAAGAAGCUCAAGACAUCUCCCGUGAUUGGAACCCAUAAUGGUCACUUCCAUGCGGAUGAGGCUUUAGCAGUCUACAUGCUCCGCCUGCUGCCCGCCUAUGCUUCCUCCCCGCUAAUCCGCAGUCGCGACCCAGCCCAGCUGGAGACUUGCCACACCGUGGUUGACGUGGGUGGUGUGUACGAUGCUGAGACCAACCGUUAUGACCACCACCAACGUACCUUCGACACUACCUUCCCGCAGCACAACACCAAGCUCUCGUCUGCGGGCCUGGUUUACAUGCACUUCGGCCGUGCUAUCAUUGCCCAGUAUCUGUCCCAACCCCAGGAACACCCGGAUGUCGACUUGCUGUAUGAGAAGCUCUACACAGACUUCAUCGAAGCUAUCGAUGCCAACGACAACGGUAUCUCCGCCUACGAUCCCGCCGCAAUCUCAGCUGCCAAUCUGGAGAAGCGCUUCAAAGAUGGUGGCGUCACUCUUGCCUCUAUCGUCGGCGACAUGAACAACCCAGACCCUACUAGCCCUGCCGGCGAGCCCCAGGACGAGGACAGUCUGUUCGGCCGAGCCAGCACCCUCAUCGGUAACGUUUUCGCUCGCAAGCUACACCACGCCUGUAACUCUUGGUUGCCAGCCCGUACUACCGUCGGCACUGCGUACCAGGCUCGUACCGAGGUCCACUCCUCUGGUCGCAUUAUUGUCUUCCCUCAGGGCGGUGUCCCAUGGAAGGAGCACCUGUACAACUUUGAGAGCAACGAUACCACCGGUGGUGCUCAGGUUUACUAUGUUUUGUACCCUGAGAGUGCUGCUGAGGACUCUAAGUGGCGUGUGCAGUGCGUUUCCGAAUCUGAGGGUAGCUUUGUCUCUCGUAAGCCUCUUCCCGAGAGCUGGCGCGGUGUUCGCGACCAGGACUUGGAUAGUGUGAUGGCUGCGGAGGCUGAGAAGGCUGGCCGUGAGAAGAUUCCCGAGGGCGCUAUCUUCGUUCACGCUAGUGGAUUCAUUGGUGGCCAUAAAACUAAGGAGGGUGCUAUGGCUAUGGCUAUUCGUGGCUUGGAGUAA